AUGACGGCUGAAAACACAUCGGUGGCCAAGGUCGGCUACGACAACGACCCGGCCCGUAUUGUCAACAUGGCUCUGAGCCUGAGUGAAGGUCGACGUCGUAUGGCCUCAGGAAGAAGAUAUGUCUCCAGUGAGCACGGCGACCGUCGCAUCCUUUCUGUCGCAUCAACCGUCAAGCCAAACAAUACCGUUCGGCGACGAAGCAUCGCCCCAUUUAUGUCAACAAAACGUCGACUAUCGCAGAGCCGUUCUCCAGGUCGCAGAUCUUCAGCUAAGCAACAGGACUCUGUUGGGGGCCUACUAAACCAGCCUCUCGACACGUCUGUGACUGAGGGCGAGGAUGAUCUUGACCUUGAUACUGGGUUUGCUGACCACGUCUCCCCAGCCACUGCAGCUCGUGUCGAGAAGGCAAAAAUCUACUUCGAGCUCGCCCACGAACAUCGACGGCUUCUUUCGCACUUGCCUCCGCUUCGGAGACCAGGCACACCAGCACCUCCGGGCGGACCAGAAACGCACCAAAAGGCCUACAAUCCCCUACAGUACGUCCGCAAUAGGAAGUUGCGUAUCUGGGAGAAGACUCCUAUCAACAGCGAAGCCGAGGGAUGGCACGAUGUAGAGAAAGUCAGGGCUUGGGUUGAUGCCGUGAUCUCAAGUCACACAGAAACCCAGCACGACUCCCUGGAAUGCGUUCGCUUACCUCCGCUUUCGCUACGUACAGUGGAAACUGCUGAUGAAGCCGCCGAUAACCCGGAAGAAGAACCCAGGAGUACAAUGUCGCAUCGAACACCGGACCAGCUCCACCCCAAGCCUAGCCGCCCGCGGUCCGACUGGGUCACUCAUCCCGCUGAUCUGAUCGCUGACGCCUUUUGGCUGGAGCAAGGCUUGAACAAGACGAAAAUACAAGACCGAGACAACAAUCCAAUUUAUCCGCCUGACACACAAUUCAAAUUCUCUGGAUGGCGUAGUCGCGCUCCCGCCGUCGAAGUACCUAGUAGACUGCAACAGCCAUCUCCGCCCCCAGAGUCUCAGGCUGAUUCGUUCCGCGAGCCGCCCCCGUCGGCCCUGCCCGAGUUACCAACAUUCAAGUCGGCUCAUCAUCUGCACCGAAGUGGCCGUCACGGCAGGCGUAGGGAUAUCAUUCGGGAUUCAUUACAACCCAAGGAAGGCAGCAGCUCCCGAGAGCGGUCUCGGAUCAGGAAGAAGUUGUUUCAGGAUAGCAGCGAUUCUGAAUACUCUAGUCUCUCAUCAGAUGGCGAACGUGGCCGUAAGAGACUGCGACGGAAGAGGCAGGAUGCCCCGACAACCGAUGCUGGGGAACAGCGACGCAGCCAUUUGCAUUCAAAGCGACCGUCUCAAUCUCUCGGAAACGGGCACGGAGAUUCAAGUCAAGGCUCUUCGGCGCCCACUUCGAAAAGAGGCUCGAUCGACCAUCCAGCACUCAACAAGCUGUUCGGGGUUGACACUUUCAAGAAAGCCGCACCACUGACUCGAUCUCGAAACAGACACGACGGCUCGCGACCUCGCUCUGCAGCACAGGUGCCGAACAGGUCAAGUCUCGAGCACGAGCCUCAACCACGCGCUUCCACUGAUUAUGACAGCACUACAGCUCCGAACUCCCCUACCAACCUGGAAUGGCCAAGUAUCGCUAUCAAUCUCUCUCCACCUCCCAGCCGACCCGGUUCGCCUGCAAGGAGACCCAUCUCCACAAUCUUGCAGCCGUUCCAUCGGAAGUCGCACAAAGAACAAGGGUCGGUCAGCACAACUGACUUCGCGCACAUCCCACACGUGCAAGUGAGCCAUGAAUCAGUGAAGCAAACCAAGGCUGCUGAUUCUCGUGGCCACAGUCCGAUGACAAGGGGGCUUAGCCCCUUGUCCGAGAAUGGCUCACACUCAGUAGCAGCGGAUGACAUGGUGCCACAAUCGUUAAACGAACAAAGGCACAGCGUGGCCAGUAAGGUCAGCACACGAUCUACUGGGACGGCCGGAGGUGAUCAUUCAAGACUCCGUGGUAUCUUCAAAGGAGGCCGCAUUGCAGAGAUUGUUGGCAACGAAGUAUCUCGGGUUGGGGACUUUAUUUGGAAACGUGAUCCGCCCACGGUAUACAGGCACAGAGGUUCGGCCUCGGAAGGCAGCAUCCGCUCGUAUGCAUCUGACUCGGACAAGGACCAUCAUCACCACCACCAAAACGGGACCAUUUUGAAGACUCCGCCACCACUUGCGCGCUCAAGGUCUUCUACCCUUGAAAGCACGCCCAGCGACCAGGUCUCCCCGAUUGCCACGAAAGCAAGUUCUUCCAAUCAUGAUCGGCCUCGAUACAACAAUCCCAAUCUGCCAAGUUUCACCUCGCCUUUUCAAAGGGAUCGCGAUCAGCAGGAAAAGAAGCAGGGCCUAUUGUCCCCAGAAGAUGCCGUCGUUCGAAAAGACUCUACUGACAACACGCCUCAUCUCACGGUUCGGCCGCGGUCAAAUUCUCAUUCGCCGCGACUUGCCCAGCUGCCCAAACUCGAUACUGGCGCACCCAACACGCCCAAUGAGUUGAGUCGGCAGAAUACGUACGGAUUCGGUGCCGCGCUUGAUCUGAGCCGAUCGAGGGAUGCUUCAGAUCAACUCAACUCUGUUCUAGGUCCUGUCACAGGCCUCACUCGUCUUCGGCCUGUGAAAUCCACGGGUGAUGUCUCCAGCGCUGCUGGGUCGCCGGGAGGACUGGAAAACCGCGAGGCUGGAGAUGUCUCGUGGCGAGACAUUGAACGUGCUUACGCGUUGUUGUACACUUCUACCGUGAAAGCUCGAGAGAUCGGUCGCCGAGCAGACGAUUCUGGGGAGGAGCUUCCAAGGUACCUGUACGAAAGCCUCACGGCGGAGAACAAGGCCUUACAUUCAACCAAGCCGCUUCGUGUGAGGAAGCGCGAACGGCAUAUCGUCGCAGCCCAGAAUAUCAUGAAGACUUUGGAAGGCCACUCCUCGACGUUCAACACUAAACUCCACUCGUUUACCAGCUCUCUGAUCCCGACAUUGCACACCCAGCUGCAAAGCCUCGAAGACCAAGUCGAAAACACCAUGACACCACAGGUCCGCGUGACGGCCGAUUCCGCCGGUGAACUCUCCAUGAAACUCUCCACAACCUCCACUCUUGCUGUGAAAGAACUCAACGACACGAUCGAUGUCGCGUUUCGCCGCAAACGGAGGGGCCCGAUCCGGCUUUUCAGAAAAUUGUGGUUUGCCGGCAUUGAGUGGACGGUUGUGGGGUUGCUGUGGCUAAUCUGGGCGGUUGUGAGUGUGAUUCAGGCAAUACUGGGGGUGGGCAGGUGCCUGAUAAGAGGGGUCAGAUGGAUGUUCUGGCUUGAAUGA